UCGAACCCAUGGCUUCACCUCUUGAAUUCUUCUUCUUCUUUACCCGCAACAGGGAGUACGGACUCACCCGAAACCGCGCAUGGGCCGGCAGCAGCUGCCGAGAGCGACGGGGCAUUUCAGAGAUGCAAGCGCUUGGAACCCGACCCUUCGAAGUGGAACGGAGGAAUGCAAGAUUGUACCACUUGCAACCCGGAAUACCACAUCUGGCAACCUUGCCAGCUCACGGCUAGGCCAAAGGGAUCCGUCACCCUGCUCUGCACCUUCAACUACACCUGGGAGGCUACAGAGACAGCCCAGGUGCAUUGGCGCUUAGGAAGCUUUUACGGAAAGUUCAUCUUCAACCACACUGACUCCACCCAUUGGUACACCGACCCAGACUACGAAGGGCGGGUGUCUCUGGUCGGGGACCUGUCAAAGGCGCUUGACGCGUCAAUCCGGAUCGAGAAUCUGCGGGAGACGGACUCCAAUCUAUAUUUCUGCACCGUCUCUGUACAGACACGUCUCCACGGUGUGAAGUAUUGGCGAAACAUCGAGGGGACAAACCUCACAGUCACAGGUCCUCCAAUACCGGAAACCUACCGCUUCAACCUCGUGGGCAUGGUGACCGGGGCAGCCGUUGCUACCGCCGUCGUUCUGGGCCUGCUGGUGUUUGUCGCCUGGAGAAAAGGUUGCUGCCCAAAGUGUCCCCAAAGGAGGUGA